AUGGCUUUUGUAAAAGGCGAAAGAGUUCUGUCUUUUCACGACGAGUUACUGUACGAAGCGAAAAUUCUGACAGUCAAAGAGAAGAAAAAUGAAACCCUUUAUCACAUUCACUACGUUGGAUGGUCGAAAUCCUGGGACACAUGGGUCAGUGAAACAGAUAUUUUGAAGAAAAACAAAGAGAACACCCAAAAAAUGGAAAAUCUUCUCGCUGAAUGCAAAGAGGCAGAAAAAAUCGAAAAAUCGAAGAACUCGAGGAGCCGCAAGAGGAAGCUCUCCAUCAGUCUCGCAGACGAGGAAGAGAGUGGGAAGGAAUUGCCAUUUGAAUUGCCUCAGAAUAUUGUGGAAAUUCUCAAGCAAGACAAAUCUCUCGUUGAAGCAGGAUGUUCAUCCAAGUGUAACGUCGGUCCUUCCAUCGCGGAGUUUAUGAAUGCGUUUCGAACAAGCGAGUCGAAAACUCUCGACGAUUUCGAAACUUCAAAAAUGGAGGAGUUUGAAAAAGGCAUCUUGGCUUAUUUCGAUGUUGUUUAUGGAAACUUUUUGCUUUACCCUUCUGAGAAAGAUUUCAAUUGCUCCACCAUCCGCUCUCCAAGAAACCACUGCUCGGUCAUCCACUUCAUCCGCUUUCUGUCAAAACUUCCCGAUUUCUUGAAAGAUCUUUUGCGAAAUCCAGCGCAUGUUCAAAUGCUCAAAGACCCCAUUCAAUCUCUUCUUCUUUGGACAAGCAAACGCAUUGACGAAAGCAAACUUCUUCUUGAAAUCAACCAAUAUUUCACUAAUCCUUCCACUGCCAGAGCUGCUGAAUAA